GAGAAAUCAGAAGAAAAAGAACCAGAUGAAGAAGAAGAGGACGAGACUGAUCCGGACUAUGCAUUGAAGCCACGAUUUAUUGCAUGUCCUGAAGAUACUGAAUUCUGUGAAGCUUUAGAUAAAAUGAUUGCUGAAGCUUUAUUAUCAUCUUCUACUUCAGGGAAUAGUGGUGUUGGUAGUAGCAGUGUUAGUAGUAGUGGUACAGUUGUUGUUAAUGUAACUAGCGUUAACAAUAUUAAUAAUAACGAUACAAAUUCUACAUCAUCUCGUAUUCCCAGUGUAAAUGUUCUUCCUGCUCCAGAUAUACUACAGCUGGCAGCAGCAAAAAAUCGUUUAGCCAUCAAAGAUAGUGGUGGUUCAUCAUUAGUAACAACAAAUAAAAUUGGUCAACAAAUCGUGAAUCAUAAUGGUGGUUCGAUCCCGAUUCAUUCAAUGCCAACCAAUUCGAAUGAAGACAAUUUGAAAAUGAACAAUUCUCAUAUGUCAGCUAUGAAUGAUGAAGAUAAUCAGAAUACUGUACCUUUUACAUUAGUUUCACGUCGUGGUAAUAAACCGUAUCUAAUUCCGUUGGCAGUCCCUGAUUCAGUACAAUUUGCAGCACGUUAUAUUCAAGCUGCAGCUGCAGAGAGAGAAGAAAAAGCUCGAAUGAAACAACUGGUGCUUGAAAUGCAUGAAGCGCAGAAAGAAGAAGAAAUGGAAUGGGGUCAUUACGGCGGUCCGGAUGCUGUUUUGGCUCAUCAAUUCCCUAUCAAUGUGAAUCGUGAUCGUUGGGUAAAGUAUAACCAUCCAAAAGGGGCACCAGAUGCUGAUGCAGUUUUUGGAACACAUAG